AUGAAAAUUCCUAAGUGUGAAUAUUCUAGCGAUUGUGAGAAAAUCGCUUAUUUGGUUAAGAGCACUCCACAAAGCCUUCACAAUGAAGACUUGUUUGUGUGUUCAAAGUGUCUGAACUCCAGAUUCGUUUCAGAACCAAUAGUCCAAAUUCCUAACCCUGGAGAUAUUUUAUACUGAUUAGAAGCAGUCGAACACAAUCUGCUGAAGAUUGACCAUUUCAGAGAAUGGCAUAACCUUGACAAAUUAUGGAGUAACCUCUUACCAGAACUGAGAGAGUACAAGGAUAUACAUGCCCAACUCAAAAAUGACUUGGCUUCAGCAAAGGCUACCAAUGGCUGGGACAGGCUCCCUUAUCUUCAUGUUGAAGCCAGGGCUCUUCUUGAGACUGUGCUGGAGUCUCGUCUCUGGAAAGAAUACUGCAAAGAAGACAGCAUCAGACAGUUCAGAGACAAUCAGUAUGGAACCAGAAAGAUGUACAGUGCCUCCAAGAAGUGGGUUAACGGACAGAUGAUAAAACUCAGAGAUCACCUUAAUGUAACCAGGUAUGGAGAACUCAAAGAAGAACACAAAAAUCUGAAGAAACAGUACGAACAGAAAAGUGAACUGUGAGAUGAAAAGCAACAGGAGAUUGAUCGACACCUGAGGAAACUCCAGACUCAAGACUUGAAGAUACUAAGUUUGAGCAGUGAAAUAGCUCAGACCAAGAAAAAAUUUGAAAAUGCAGAACAGAUUAUGAUAAAACAAGAAAACAGUUUAUCAGAGGAUAGAAAAAGACAGGAACAAGAGAAGAACAAGUUUAUUCAAGACUUAGAAGCUAUAACUCAAGACAAAAUCAAGCUCGAGCAGAAGCUAACCAAGGACAAGGAAAGAAUAAAAGAGAAUUAAUCUAUUAACUUUAGAAGAGAAACUCACAAAAGCUGAGGAACUCAGAUUGGAGAGCGAAAGAAAACUUGAAGAAUAUAAAGAACAACCAAAGCUAGAUUCAAACCCAAAUAAUUUUUCUGACAUUAUCAAACAAAUGAAGCAGAGGAUCCAAAAAUUAUCAAAGCUGAGCUUUAACCUUACUGACCAAGAAGACAUCCAAUUGAUGGAGAAACUAGUACCCUACAAAAUGCCUCCUCUCCAAUGCCUCACACUCAGCUUAAGCCAGGACAUACAGAACAUAAAGCUUUUGGAUGAAUUCCUCUCAAAUUCAAUUUGCGAUGAAAUUUGCUAUACCUCACCCUUGCCUUUCAUCAAAAAGAUCGACACCAUUGCUCAGACAUAUCCUCUGUCAAUGACCCCCUACAUGGCCUGUCUCACCAAGAUGUUACCUCUGGCUUCUCAAGAAGUCAGCUUUUGAGACUCUUCCUUCCUCAGAGAUGAGUUUGAAGACAUCCUGGUCGCAGCCAAGAACACAAAGCAGGUGACGUUCCAAGGCUGUGAAAUUGAGGUUGACGACCCGUUGGACUUUGGCGAUAGGCUCGAAGGAGCUACCUUUGAAGGCAUAAAUUUUACAGGCAGUAAGUUCAAAAGUGAUAGAGAGGAUGGUGAGGCUAGGUUUAACUAUGUGAUGAACUUUUGGGCAAGAGACCUAGAUGAUGAGACCAAGUUCAGGAACAUAGUGGAGGGACUGGCUAGAGUGGAGAGCGUGAAGAAUAGACAUAUAACGAUGUACAUGGGUAGUUUUAAUGUUGGAAAAGAAAAAGGGAAAAAGAUUUUGGAAGAAUAUGGAUUGAAAAAAAUAAGUUUUAGCUAA